AUGGAUUUUGAUUUUGCUUGCCUCCUGAUUGCCGAGCAGUUCGAGAUGAUAGCUCCCUCUGUGGUGGCCUCUGUUGAUCUGGCCAUCUCCGCGUUUCUGACUGCUGAAAAGGAGAAAACCAGCAGCAGGCACCAUUCAUGCGAAGCUGGACUAGUAGGGCAGCAGGAGAGCCUGAAGAAGCAGAGCGAUACUCUCAGGUACAGGAUGAAGAAACUGACGACAAGCAGUUCAGAGUGUAAGAAGUCCCCAACCCUGAGGGAGAGCAUCAUGAAGAAAGAUGAGCGCAUGAAGGUGGUGCUGGAUGAAGACUUGACACAAGCUGGCGAGGGGUUGAAAGUGAGCGGCACCGACCUCGUGAAUCUAGACGAGCAGAAGGCCGAGUGGCUCCUGGGGAUGACCAACGGCUUGCUGCUCUUCAUCAGCUCUCAGACGCCCAUCGUAAAGAGGCUCCUGCAGAACACCAGUGAUGUGGUGCUGGAUGCAGGACGGCACCGCUGGGAGAUGGAGGUGGCUGGGAAAUUGCACUGGGAGCUGGGCUUCACCUAUCCCAGCACCUCCUGCAAGGGCCGGGAGGAGGACUGCUGGUUGGGAUGGGACUCUGACUCAAACGGCUUCGAGUUCUUUAACGGGGUGGAUAUGGCCUGGCACAGGGGCAUGGCCUACGAAGUGCCCGUCGCCAGCCGCUUUGAGCAGAUAGGCAUGUUCCACAGCUUCCCUGGGGGCUUGAUCUCAUUCGUAGGGGUGGGCAACACAACACCGCUCUUCUCCUUCUGCACCGGGGUGUUCACUGACCAUCUACACCCGGCUGCAUGUCCCAGCCACGACAAUCAGGGCACCAACCGCAGGCCCAUCCGGAUCUGCAGCGUUGCAAGAGCUGCAGCCAUGUACUGA